GGUGUGUGUGUGUGUGUGUGUGUGGUCCUCGGAGUGAGAGAGUAUUGGUGUCAGGGGGAGGGGGACAGACAGGGUCACAGACACAGGGACAGACAGGGUCACAGACACAGGGACAGACAGGGUCACAGACACAGGGAUACAGCUCCCACUCACCCAGUCUUUGGGACAGUUCCCAGUCUGUGGCUGCUUCCCUGUUUACAGUUACCAUGGAGACCAGUCCACAGUGUGUCAACAACACAGCUUCCCUCUCGGUUUUCCAUGAGACUCCACUCCUGUCCCUUUCUCAGGACAAAAUCUCCAACGAUGCUCACGACAAGGACACCAGCCCCGACAAGAUGUACCUUGGAGCCCGAGAGUACUAUGCGGAGGAUGGCCAGGUCUGGACAAUGUCUGUAGUCAGGAAGGUUCAGCGGCAGAUGCUGACCGAACCCACGCGGUGCCUGGAAUAUUUAUCGGUGCUGGGACAGCCCGAGUUUAACAGGGCAGCGACCGCCCUCAUCCUGGGCAGGGAGAGCAUUGCUAUUGUGGAGAACAGGGCCGACAGUAUCCAGGUUCCGGGAGCAGAUGCAGCCCUUUUCAUGGCCGCACAGUUUCUCAAGCAAUGGUUCACCAUUACUCACCCUCGGCCAACCACUGUCUACAUCUCGGAGCCCUGCUGGGAGUCACACACAUUCGCCUUCCACGGAGCUGGCUUCACCGAUAUCCGUCAUUACCAGUACUGGGACAGCGAGAGGGCGCGCCUGGCCAUUCCACAGUGGCUGCAGGACAUGGAGAACGCUCCGGAACAUUCCAUCAUCGUAUUACACAUUGCAGCUCACUGGCCGUCAGCCACGGAUCCGACCCCUGCCGAGUGGAAGGAAAUCGCCGAGGUCAUGAAGCGGAAGAAUCUGUUCCCUUUCUUCUUUGUAACAUCUCUGGGCCUGGCGAGUGGAGACCUGCACAAAGAUGCCUUUCCCGUCAGGCACUUUGUCACUGAACGCUUCGAACUCUUCUGUGCCCAGUCCUUCUCCAAGAACUUUGGCCUAUACAAUCAAAGAGUGGGAAGUCUGACAUUCGUUUCCAGAGAUAACCAGAGUCUGGUCCGAAUCCGGUCUCAGUUGGCAGCAGCAGCGAUGUCUACUUGGGGAAACCCUCCAAAUAUGGGCGCCCACAUAGUUGUGACGAUCCUGAAUAACCCAGCCUUCUUCACUGAAUGGCAGCACAGCAUCAGGAACAUGGCCAGGCGUUUGAUGCUGACGAGGGAGAAGCUGUCGGAAGAGCUGCGCACUCUGGGAACCCCUAGGCCACUGAACUACAUCAGCCGCCAGAUCGGACUGUACGUAUUCGCCGACUUCACAGAUUCUGAGAUUGAGUAUUUGAAGAAGAGGCGGCACAUCCACUUGACGUCCAUCGGCCAGAUCAACAUGAGCCUGAUCAACAAUCAGAACCUGCCUUAUGUGGCGCGCUGUAUCAACGAGGCUGUGCAAGCAGCUGGCGAACACCCCGCGUCGGCACAGGCAACUCAACCUUCUUUGCUGGCCGCUCUGCCUGUCUCCCAGAUCCUUUCCCUCCAGUGAACCCGCUCUCUUCCUCAAGGGCGAGGUGCAGUCGUACAACAAAAGGGCAGGUUCAGUGCGGGGGGUAGUUUGCUGUGUAAACUUUCAGUGAAUAAAACGCAGGGA